AUGGUGGCAAGUUACAAACAUGCUAUUAUGGUUAAAGAAGUAACGUGGGAGAAACCUCAACAACCAUUCCUCAAGCUCAACACUGAUGGGAGUGCCCUUCACAACCCCGGGAAAAUUGGAGGAGGAGGAAUAGUAAGAGACUAUCAAGGUAAUAUGAUAUAUGCAUAUACUAUUCCUUUGGGUAUUGGUACCAACAACCAAGCGGAAAUUCAAGCAAAAAAUACACUUGGAAGUGGAUUUAGAAUUGGUCAUUCAUUGGCUUUCGAAUCAAACCAACUACCCAUGGAACCUACAGCCAUACAUCCUGGAAAUCCACAGAAUAGUGCAUCAGUUGGAAAGAUUCAGAUUACUCAUGUCUACAGGGAGGCAAACAACACGGCUGAUCGGCUAUCAAUAUAUAGUCACAACACAGACAUUGUUCAACACUUUUACAUCAAGGAUCAAUUACCUACUCUUGCGAGAGGAAGCUUCAUUCUAGAAAAACUUGGCAUGGCUAAUUUCAGGAGAAAGAAAUUGAAAAGAAUCAAGAAACCUCCAUGA